GACACCCAGUGCCUUAGAGGUGGGCAGUUUAGCUUUGGCUCUCACUUGAAAAACCCCCUGAAUCUUCCCAUUACUACCUAAUUCACUCCCAGAAGUCAAACUGCAGCCUGCUAAUCUGCCCUGUCAUAGGCUUUUCUUGAGUCCUUAUCAGCCUUCCUCAGUGGGUAAUGUUAUGAAGACUGGGAGAGUCUGGCAGGGUUCCUGCUCCUCCCAGGCUGAUAUCAAAGAGCCACAGGACUGUGACAAAAAGCAAACAUUCAGAGGAAAGCCAGAUGUGGAACCGAAACAAGAGGAGAAGCAAGAGUAUCAGCACACAGGGGCUGCUGAGAUGGAAAAUCUCCAGACCAACACGGAAAUGCUCUACCCUGAGAUAAUUGUAGACGUGGGCACAGUGACUUUUGGAGAAGAGAACAGGAAGAAGAUGACCAAUAACCAGUUGAAAAGAAAUGAGAAUUCUAAAAUCAUCCAAGCCGCCUGUGCACUGUUGAAUUCUGGAGGGGGUGUGAUCAAAGCGAAAAUUGACGAUAAAACCUACAGCUACCGCUGCCACGGGCUGGGACAGGAUCUGGAGACUUCUUUUCAGAAGCUCCUUCCUUCAGGCUCACAGAAAUACCUUGACUACAUGCAACAGGGGCACAGUCUCUUGAUUUUUGUAAAGUCAUGGAGCCCAGAUGUCUUCAGCCUCCCCCUACGGAUCUGUAGCUUGCGUUCCAAUUUAUAUCAGAGAGAUGUGACGUCCGCUAUAAACCUGAGUGCUAGCAGUGCCCUCGAACUUCUCAGACAGAAGCAGUCCAGAGCCCAAAGAGGAAGACCCAGGGUGAAGGAGCUGCAUCCUCAGAAAGUUCUUGACAGACACAUUCAGGAAGAGGAAGAUAUGAGGCUGUCUGCCUCAGAAUUUCUUAAAAAGGACAAACUCAUGUAUAAAGAGAAACUCAACUUUACUGAGUCAACACAUGUGGAGUUGAAAAGGUUCACCACCAAAAAGAUUGUCCCUAGGAUUAAAGAAAUGUUGCCUCAUUACAUUUCUGCAUUUGCCAACACCCGUGGGGGAUACCUAAUUAUCGGGGUAGAUGAUAAGAGCAAAGAAGUGUUUGGAUGUAAGAGAGAAAAAGUGAACCCUGACUUAUUAAAAAAAGAAAUAGAAAACUGCAUAGAAAAACUGCCUACAUUCCACUUCUGCCAUGAAAAGCCAAAGGUGAAUUUCACUACCAAAAUCUUGGAUGUCUACCAAAAGGAUGCCCUGUAUGGUUAUGUCUGUGUUGUCCAAGUGCAGCCCUUCUGCUGUGUGGUAUUCACAGAGGCCCCAGAUUCGUGGAUCAUGAGGGGCAGUUCGGUCACAAGGCUGACGGCAGAGGACUGGGUGGCUAUGAUGCUGGAUAUUCCACCAGUGACACAGGAAGAGAUACAAUUUAAACCAGAAUCCCUCUGUAAGACGCUGUUCUCAGAUCAUAAAGAACUGGAGGAAUUCAUGAAGACACAGCUACGUCCUAUCUCGCAGGGGAUUGUGAUAUUUUCUCGAAGCUGGGCUAGUGAUAUUGGCUUAAGGAAAGAGCAGAAUGUCUUGUGUGACGCUCUCCUAAUAGCGGUGAACAGCCCGCUGGUACUCUAUACAAUCUGGAUGCACCCGAGUGGGCCCGAAGGGCCUGAGUAUGCCCGAACCACUGCUCGUCACUUAAAGCAGAAACUGGGGACUGUUGGUGGUUACACGGGGAAAGUGUGUGUCGUUCCGAGACUCCUGCACCUGCCGGGCACACAGCCUAGACCCUGUGGAAUCCCUGUGCACUACCCCCAAUCCUACCAGCUUGCUGAUGAGGAGGAAAUGGAAGACUUGUUGCAGGCCCUUAUCGUGGUGGUCUUGCUGUGCUCUCGAUCCCUUCUGAGUGACCGGCUGGGCUGUGAAUUUUUCAACUUGCUCAUAGAGGAGCAGUGUGAGUUGCUUUCAGAGAGUCUUCAAGAGACACGAGAAUUGUUCAUCCACUGCUUCCCAGGAACCAGGAAGACAGCCCUCGCCAUAAAGAUCAUGGAGAAAAUCAAGGACCUAUUCCACUGCAAACCAAAAGAGAUCCUCUAUGUUUGCGAACAUGACUCCUUAAAGGAUUACGUGGCCCAACAAACCACCUGCCAGGUUGUGACGCGGAAAACCUUCAUGCAAGGGGAGUUCCAAAAGAUAAAACACAUAGUGAUGGAUGAGACGGAGAAUUUCUGCAGUGUAUAUGGUGAUUGGUACAAGAAGGCUAAGAGUAUCACCCAUCCAGAGGUGAGGGGAGCUGGAAGGAAAAACCUUCACCACGGGGUUCUCUGGCUUUUCCUGGACCCCUUCCAAGUCCAUCAUGCUGAUGUCAACGGCCUUCCCCCUCCAUCUGCUCAGUUUCCUCGGAAAACAAUCACCAAAGGGAUCCACUGUUCUCUGGAAAUAGCAAUGGUCAUGAAACAAGAAAUGAAGAAGAUCAAAGAAAGUCCUCCCUCCGACAUGUUUCUGGACACACUGGCACUGUUCAGGGAAGCUACCUACGAGGAAGCAAUGCGUGCCCAGGCUCUUCCUGGGGUGUGUGAAACAGAGACCAACCUGACAAUAGAACAAAUGGCAAAGUACGUGGCAGAAAGAUGUCACAACCUGUUCCAAUGUGGCUAUCUGCCCAAAGAUAUAGCCAUUCUGUGCAGGAGAGGGGAGGACAGAGGACGCUAUGAGCUCGCACUGCUAAAAGCAAUGGAAUUAAUUGAGACCCACAGAGCAGCAGAAGUUGUGUUCAGCCAGGCCUCUGGUGUUUGGGGCAGUCACAUCAUUUUAGACAGCAUUCAGCAGUUUUCAGGCCUAGAGAGGAAUAUUGUGUUUGGGCUUAGUCCAGAAUGCAGUCCUUCAGAGGAAACUCAUAAGCUCUCCUUUGCCUCAAGAGCCAUUAAACACCUCUACCUGCUUUAUGAAAAGAGAACAGCUUUCUGAAAAUUAUUUCAAACAAUACAGGAAGCCAUAAGGAGCAGAGUCCCUUCUCCCAGGCAGGUGGCAGGUACUCCUUUUCACAUACUACAAAUGAGGAGCUCAAGGCACAAUCAGUAUGGCAGAGAGCCACAGAAACGUCUCUUGGGACUGACCCUGCCACCGCAUUUGCAGUGUCACAGUCCUUUUCCCAGUCUACUUUACCUCCUCAAUGUACAAUUACAACAGACUUAUAAUUGGUCCCCUGCCUCUGGUUUUACCUUGUCCAAUCCAGCUUUCAUCCUGUCAACCAGAGAUGCUCUCCUCAAACAGAGAACUGAUUUUUAUGACAUUCCCUGCUAAUGUAUCUUCAGUGAGUCCCUGCAAUGUUUAAACCAAGCCAUUUUUCAAGGCUGUCCAUGAUAUACCCUGGUUUACUCUCUUUAAACAGUCUUUAUUAUGCCUCCAUCUUCCAGUGUUUCUAAUGCACCCAGCCUUGCUGACCUAUUUUGGGGAUGGGAGGUAGGGUGGCCUCCAGGCUACUUACUUUGACUGGGUCUCUCAGGGUAGUACCUUGGUUGGCACCUCAUACUGGCUGUGGGUCCCAAGCCUCAUAGGGUCAGAACUUGAUUUCCUCUUUGCACCAAGUUUGGAUCAGUUUCUUGGGGAUGGCUUUGUGUUAAUCAAGCUCACAAAAGACCAAGGCAUAACUGACAGCGCGACUCUGUCAAUUUACAAUGAGGAUUAUAGAAAUAAAUGGGCCAGAUGCUCUUGCUAAUCAUCAGCACAUGCAGUAGUAACAUAGGAGGCCAAAUUACAUAAGCAUAGCUUUACAGCAAGGGGAGCUGGUAAUAUGAUCAAAUGUAUGGCUUAAAGCUAUGAUAGACUAUUGCAAACACCUCUAAAAUAGGGAUAUUUCCAUCACAAGGUCAUAUUUACAAAAAAAAAAAAGCAAAUUUAGAAUACUAAGAGUGACUAGUUGUUCCAUAUUCUUUGCCUUAAACGAUUUUUUCUUUCUGAGUUUCUAAGGUAAACCACCAACCUUCUCCUCACUCCUCUCAACACAUAACAGUACUUUACUCACAUUCAUUUUCUACCUGAUAAUACUUUCAUCUAGACUAGAAACUGCUUCUACCCUGCUGUUGGCCUGAGAAGUAGUCUGUCUAUCAGGGGUCUUUGCACAUUCCUCAACUCUUCCAUUAUGAUUUGGUGUUAAUUUUAUAAUUCAACUCUAAGAGUUCACGGGGAGCCUGGAUGGCAAUUCUACCACCUAUGGUGCCUAUACAUUCUUGCUCCUGGCUGUGCCAGUGCCAUUUUCUCAGCCUUCAAACCCUUUUCUGCUCCCUCUAUCUGUUGAAAUUCUUACUUGCCAAUCAAGUCCUUGUUCAAUUAAACUUGGUCUUUUCUUUCACAGCCUUUCUAUGGCUUAAAAAAAUGUGUUUCAAGGAUAACACCCAACUCAUUCUAAACUAUACCAAAGAAGUAGUUGUUGGCAUAGCAGAGUCUAUAUAAUACCUUCCUAGCACAUCUUCUUGCCAAUAUAUGUGCAACAUAUUAGAAAUAAAAUCAGAGGUCCCUUUGUCUAGUCAGUUCCCAAAAUAACUAAGCCAAUAAUUGCUCUUCAAUGCAAUUUUGUUUUCCUGUCUGUAAGGUUUUUUAAGUUGCUUUGGAAUUAUUCCUCUUUCUGUAGAAAGGUUAGGACAACUUUAUUAAUGCUGGUGAGGCCUCGAUGCAGGAGAAAGUAUGGGAAUAUUCUUUUGGCCAUAAUUUCAGAUAGAGCCCAUCCCUUUCCACGAGGUAGGAGAGCAGGCAGGGCUUGCAAAGUGCUCUUAGCUGCCUUUCUGAACUGCUCAGACCACCAGAUGGACCAGUGUGAAUUGUCCUGUCCAGAGAACCUUUCUCUUACCUCCUUGCUGCACCAAUUACUUGAUGUUAUUCCUUAUAUCUUUCCUUAGGGGCCUCAGGUACUUUUAGGUGGGAUAAAAUGAAGUUCAGCAAGUAAUUCGUUUUUGAUGGUGCAAAAGAUACCAGUGUGUUAACAUUUGGAUAAUGGAAGAAGUGUGAAUUCUCUAAAAAUAAUUUAAAGCAUCAAAAGUAGAGGGGGAUUGCGGGAGUGAAGAGAACAGGGAACUGCUAUACAGUAUUUUAAUCAUAAACCUCAUGACCAUUUAACUUUUUAAACUAUAUGCAUGCAUUAUGUAAUUUUUAAUAAAAUAAUUUAUUUUUAAAAUAAUUGUUUUAAUUUGAGAGUCCUUAUCAGUUCUUAGUGCACUCAAACAGCUCAGUCAGGUUUAAAGUAGAGGCCUAACCCAGUGAUUCUCAACCCUGGAUACUCAUUAUGAUGACCCGAGGAGCUUUAAAAAUACCAGUGAUCCAGCCAGACGCCAGACCAAUUAAAUCAGAAUGCCUGGGCAUGGGCUUGGACAUUGGUAUUUAUUAAAAGUUGUCCAGAUAAUUCUAGUUUGCCACCAGGGUUUAGAACACAGGACCCAUCUACUAGUCUGUUCUUUCAGUCCUCAAACUUCUCUUCCCAUUAGAUUGUGAGAUCCUUGAGGGUAAGGAUGGUCAUUUACACAUCUUUAUUUCCCCAAAAGCAACUAGUGUAGUACCUCAAACAUGGAAGGUGCUCAUAAUUAUUUGUUGAAUGGAUUUGCUACUUUCAGAGGAUCAGAAUCUACUAGGGAUAAUGUUUAUAUUUAGUGAAAUGAAUAUCUAAUUUUGGAGACUUCAAAGAGAUCAAUGUGGAGAAUCAUCAGCACUGCAAUAAUGAAGAAUAAGAGGAUAAUGGAAUUUAAGCUGUUUUUUUUUAGGCAACAGGCAAAGUUAAAGAUCCAUGUUGAUGGGAGUUCAUUAGGUUUGAGUUUGAGAUUAGCAAUUGGUGGGGACUAAGAAUAAUUGACUACCUUGCUUGUUCUUAGAAUUCUAAAUUUUUCUAUAGACCUUUAAUAUAACAGAUAAAACAGUUA